AUGGCAAGAACAAGACAACAACCAAAGAGAAGACCAACAUCAGAGUCAAAGUUCAAGAGACAUCCAAUAUCAGCAAUCUCUUAUUCCUCUCAUUUGAACUUGAUUGCAUAUUCAAUUGGUAGUUCAAUCUAUGCAUAUAAUCUAACUACAAAGACAGUUCAAUAUGUUGGUGAUCAUCAGGAUGUUCAAUCACUUACAUUCAGCAACAAGCCAGAUUCAAAGUACUUUGUGACAACAUCACCAAAGAAGACCUUUAAGAUUUGGACACUGAACACAACAGACAACUCUAUCACUUGCACACAGACAGUUAACACCAACAAGAAGAUAUUCACAGCAAUUGUCACCAAUGAUGACAAGUCUAUUGUACUGUCAAACAGGGAUGGUGAUGUCUACUUGUACCACAUCGAUGGUUCAAACAACAUCACAGAGGGUGUUGAGGAGGGUGAUGAGCAGAACCUCUUGUUGGGUCACUUCUCUGCUAUCACUGAUAUUCAUUUCUCACAAUGUUUCAACUAUCUAAUCACAUCUGACCGUGAUGAGAAGAUUAGAGUGAGCAACUAUCCAAAUACAUUCGAUAUCCAGAACUUCUGUCUGGGUCACAAGACACCAGAUAUACUGGUUUCAGGAUCAGGUGAUGGAACGAUCAACGUUUGGAGAUGGAAGGAGGGAACACUGUUGCAAACAGUGGACGUCAAGGGAUCCGACACUGAUUCAAAGGAGGAUUUCGUCACCAUUCCACUGGCAUUCGCCAACAACACUUUGUUUGUCUCGAUCGAGGAGAGACCAAUCAUCAUCACCUAUCGAUUCGAUGAGACUGAAACAUUGGUAGAGUCAAAGCGUGUUGACUUGCCUUUCUCACCACUGUUCAUGUCGUUCGUGGUGUCUGGUGACAAGUUGGUCAUGCCAGUGAUCACAAACCAGGCAGACUCUCCAUUACUCUGCACUCUUGACAUUACAUCGUUCAAUGUUGACACUGGCUUUAGUGAUCCUGUCAAUGGUUUCGACUAUCAGGCAGCAGCAGCAGCAGUAGCAGCAGCAGCGGCAGCAACUUCAUCAUCAGACAACAACAACAACAACAACAACAACAAAGGAAAGGAGGAUGGAGAGGGAGACUUGGCCAACCUGAACAACCUAUUGAAGAUUCACUACAAGAAGUAUCUGACACUGAACACAAACAAGAAGAGAUUCGGUGGUAACAAGGCAGACAACGAUGUCGAUGGCGACGAGGACGAUGAUGCACAAGAUGACGACCAACAAGACGAUGACCAACAAGAGGGAGAUGAUGACCAGGAGAAUACUGAAUCCGCCGCUGGUGACAAUGGAAACAACAAGCCUCUUAAGCUUAGAAAGAUGACUGUUGAAGGUGCCAAAGAGGUAACAAAGUAA